AGUGACAAGAAGCCCACAGGCAAGAGUUAAUUGAGAGUGGGAGGCAACCUUGCUGAAGAUGAAGAAUAUACAGUAUUAGAGGAGAUUUUUUUUCUUUUUUCUUUCAAAAGUCUUGGUUGCUUGGUGGCUUACAUCUAGUCACCACCCUUCAGUGGAGUGUAUUUAAUUCAACAGAAAUGAUUUUUACAAUCUCAAGAAAAACCAUGUCCCAGAAAUUGAGUUUACUGUUGCUUGUAUUUGGACUCAUUUGGGGAUUGAUGUUACUGCACUAUACUUUUCAACAACCAAGACAUCAAAGCAGUGUCAAGUUACGUGAACAAAUACUAGACUUAAGCAAAAGAUAUGUUAAAGCUCUAGCAGAGGAAAAUAAGAACUCGGAUGUUGAGAAUGGCGCUUCUAUGGCAGGAUAUGCGGAUCUAAAAAGAACAAUUGCUGUCCUUUUAGAUGACAUUUUACAACGUUUGGUAAAGCUGGAGAACAAGGUCGACUAUAUUGUUGUGAACGGCUCGGCAACCAACACUACCAAUGGCACUAGUGGGAACCUGGUGCCAGUCACCACAAAUAAGAGGAUAAAUGCAUCAGGCAGCAUUAGAUAGCAGUCGAAGAUCAGCUGCGCUGCUACAUCCCCACCGUGGAUUAUAUCCUAUGGCAGAAAGCUUUUCAGUUGCUGGCUAGGAUAGAAUGAUACUGUACAAUA